UUUUUCUUACAUUUUUAGAACGCUCACCCCGCCGAUACUGGUCCAAUUAAUCCUGUCGAUAUUGUAAAACCAGGUACAUUCAUGUCAACAUUCCGCAACACCGUGAUAUCUGCUUGGGCAAAUUUUAUCAAUUUUUUAUUUAAACUGUUGUGUAUCUUUAAUCUUAGCGACGUCGCCAACAUGGGCAAAAAUAUGAUGAAUAACGUUUUGAAAGUGUCCAAAGUAUCACCAUCGUCUCUCGCUGGAGCAGAUGUACUUUCUAAAGCAAAGGACGUUUUGCCCGCUACAGAUCUCAUGAAACAAAUACCAAAAGAUAUUCCAAGUAAAGACGCGGUGUCGAAUGCAGUGAGCGCAGCUUCGAACGCGAUAAGCAGUCCACUAGGUUCUCUCGGUCUAUAGUGGAUUGGCUAACGCUCACAAGCAUUUAAAUUUUUUCUUUUUUAUUUAAAUUGUAAAAGUACAGCUAGCACUUCAGUUAAAAUAAAUUAUUUAAAAAA